AUGGUCCUUACGGAAGUGACGUACCUGGACAUGAGAAGACACAUGGAGGAGAAGAGAAAAUGCGCCCUUUUCAAGAUAUUUAAGAACUGUAAGUCAAAGAUAACAAGAAGCACUAAAGACUUUUGGUCGAAACACGUUAGUGUGUUGCUGUUAUUAUCGGAUUCCAUUAAAGUUUUGUUCCUGUAACCACCCCUAUACCUGGUGUCUAAUUGGGAAACCUAAGGGAAGUGGCAAUAUUCAGGGGAAGAUCCAUACAUCGAUUUCCAGCAUCUGAUCUCGACAACCACCUGCACAUUUCAAAGAUGCUGAUAGUCUGAGCCUACUUUUAAACGGCUCAGCACCACGUGAGUGGCAUAUUUUCCUCCUUUAUUUGUAUUUUGUUACCUAUGAUCUGUUAUUUUGUUAUGUUUUUAGGCUGUACCCAGCUAUGCGUUAACUUGCAUGUUUUUUAUGAUACACUGUUUUAUACACUAUUUUGUAUGCUCUCACCUAACUGUCUGUUCACCCAUUGGGGAAUACCUGAGGCAAAACCCUCAUCCUUACUAUUUCCAUUUAAAGUUUUCAACUCAAAAGAACAGUCUCUUCUGUAACCCCCUUCCCUCCCUACACCACCCUCCCAUCUUAAUUGCUUGAUGUUUUUUCUCUACGAAGAGUUUUUUGGUUGGUUUUUUUUUUUUCACUUUCCCAAAAAGGUGGCAACAAUGUUGACACCUUGAGAUAGUGAGUAACUAAAGUGAUAUUUUUCAAUUGUAGUGCAAAUGUGCAAAUAUCCAAUUUCGUGAUAAAAAGAGAGGAAGCCUAUUAUGAGAGUAAACAUAAAACAUUAUUUGCUGCAAUGAUUGCAAAACAUGUGGUUUAGCAGGCAGCCAGCAACCUUUAUGCUGUAUACAAAACCUUGAAUGAACAAACUGUGGAAAUUUACUCUGCUUCCUCCCUCCCUUUCCAGGUUCGAGCCAUGUUAUCCCCUUAUCCUGAUGUUCUGAAUAUCCUGCCAGUUUUCACGCUUUUCUGCCUUACUCAUGUAGCUAAAUUCCCGUGGGUCCCCACGUCAGUAUUUUUUCCGUGUAUUUGUCCUACCCAUAGCCUGGAUUGUCUCCACCCCUUCCUAUAACUUGCCAAUUACCCCCUCCUUGAUCCUUCCCUCUCAACCCCCAUUGGUGGUAAGCCCAUCUCUAAUCUGAGAAAGCAGUCCAACCCGAAUUCCUUAGAAACCUUAGAAAUGUCUGGAACCAUAUUUUUCUUUGAUCACUCUUCUAUACCCUUUGAUCACUGUUCUAUAUUCUAAAGGUAUCGGAGCCACUGAAGUUAAAAAUGAUUUUUACCUGUUACAACUCAUUCAUUCCUGGUCAUCUUCUAUGGUUUAGCUAUUUCUUAUCAAUAUAUAAUGUUAUAUAAAAGUGUGGUAGUUUUUUUGGGGGGGGGGUUUGUCCCACAGAAAUCUGUGGGUUGAAAAAGCAUAUUUGUAUAAAAUCUAAUGGGAAGGAAAAUAAAAGAAAUGAGAGGAGAGUUGUUCACCACACAGUUAGGAGGUGUAACGGAACUCCCCGUACUUCGACCGAGUACCUUCCGUUGAUGGAUGCUUCCUAGCCUGCGCCGAGGACCAUAAGCACCGCACCGGUCACCACAACCACCGCAGACUCCACAACCUCCGUAGCGUAACUGGAGUCUCGCUGUCUUCGUCUACCCUGGAUCAGCUUCUGUCCUCCAGGACCGUGUGGGGAAGACCUGUCCUCCAGGAGAGCGUAUCAAGAACAAGCUCUUAAAAGAGCUAAUUGAUUAAAGCUCACGGGAGUAUGCAGAGCAUAGCAAUCCCCAGUGUGAAUAUAGCUGUCCUCUCCAAUCAUGAGACAAGACUAGGUGUUGAGGGUCAAGAAGAUCUGUGUUUAGCACCAAAGGGCCUUCUUUUAUGGAGGUCUCACACAUACAGGACCGCCCACAGGGUUUUGCAGAACAACCAAUAAACACGUAGUAUACAGUACAAACACUCCCAUCAAUUACACACAAACCCUCCCCUCUGCCUGUGAUACAAUUAUCUCAACACAAUAGACUAACUUAAUUAUCUCAGGCAUAAAAUAUACAGUUUUUACACAAUUCUUAUAACUUUAAAAGUAUACAUGCAAUAUUAAUAAAAGUUACAUAUUUGAAAUCAGCGUCCUUUAAAUAUAAACAUACUCAAAAAUCAUAACAAUCCGUCCAGUAGUUCAAAAGUUAGUCGGACGUCCUUUAUGACUGACCGCAAGCAAAUUUUCAUGCCCAAAACAGUUCCAUGGAUUUGGGCUGUGCGGUCCGUCUACUUUUCACAUUCGAACAGCGUUCGAAUCUUCGAAAGGGACUUAGUCUCCAGCCACAGUGUUGAAGUGGAGAAGAAGGUACGGGCCAGCGGUCUUCGUGCAAUUGGGUAGCCAAAAACAGUUCCACAGAUUUGGCAGCACACACCGCUGACCGUGUUCAAAUGAGUUAAAAUGGCCGCCGCCACAUGUUCGUUUGUCGAAUGGCAGCCACUUCGACUACUUCGGCACUUCGUCUGUAUCCGCAGUGCCAAUUUAAAGUUGCAAACUGCUCCAAAGUAAUUAAAGGGCCAGAAACAGCAUUAUAAAAAUUCAUUAUGCCCAAAUCAGUUCCUUAAAGGGCAAUACAUCCCAGGGGCCAUAGUCACAUGGCAGGAGGCUGGCAAUCAGUCCUCUCCAAUGCCCAGUGGCAAAUGGCAGUUUGUCACAGGAGGGUCUUCUGAUUUCCUGGAAAGACCACCAAAGUCAUUCAGGACUGAAUGAAGGGGUCUUGAUGCAGUGGUCCUGCUAUUUUAACCCUGCAAUGUAAUACAUUAAAGAAAAAAGCAGUACAAUCCGUGGCACUAAGAGAAAGCAGCUAGAACACACUUAAUGGGAAUAAUCACAAAAUCCCACAACAAGAAGUGAAUACAAACAACAAAAUAGUGUGCAGCUCAAAUACGUAAUACCACAAAUAAGAUGCAAUGCAUGCACAAUGGAGGUGUAUAUACCCAAUAAAAGACACAAAAAUAUACCCCAAUUGUUGACAGGAUCAGAUGGUAGCCAAAAGUCAAAUGCUGGAAAGUUCAAUAAUACAUCCCAUUUCUGAGAGCCUGUCUCGGGUAAUAACGUUUGUAGAGAAUGGUCCAAAGGGUAUUCCUCAGUAUGAAGCUUGUUCCUCCAGUGGCGGAUCCAGAGCCUGAUUUUAAAUAAAUAAUCCAGACACAAUAACCACUACAGCUCAGUGUAGUGGUUAUGGUGUCAAUAGUGCCGGGAUCCCCUCCCACAGUAAGUACUGAAACCGUUUAAGAACAGUUUGACAACUUACCUGAGAUCUGCUGGGAAAUGGGGCUGUAGUAGGGCAUAGGAGCAGUGGUUGUAGUGUGUGAGUGAGGGCGGCAGUGUAUGUCAGGGAUGCAGUGUAUGUGUGGGACAGUAUGUGUGUGUAACAGUUGCAGUGUGUGUAUAUAUUUUUGUGUCUUUUAUUGGAUAUAUACAUCUCCACUGUGCAUGUAUUGCAUCUUAUUUGUGGUAUUACGUAUUUGCGCUGCACACUAUUUUGUUGUUUGUAUUCAAUGUAAUACAUUGUAGUUUUGUAGAAACUGCAAUGUUUACAUUGCAGGGUUAAAUACACCUUUAGUGGCUGUUUUCCUGACAACCACUAGAGGUGUUUUUUCCUCCAGAACAGAACACAACUUUGUCCUGGAAUCAAGUGCUGCUGAUAGCAGCAUUUGAUUGUAGGAGCCUGGCUCUGUGCUGUGGAUGCAUUCUCUAAUCCAAUUCUUCUCUACAACAAUCAUUGGGCAGGAUGACAUCUUGAAACAAGGUUAGUUAUCACACAGUUAUAUUAAAAUUUAGGCGAUUGGGAGUAAAACUAUAAUUCCUAAAGAAAAUAUGUACAAUUAAUAUUUAAAGGAAACAAACAUGGCUGAGAUAAUUUAAUACUUUCUUGGGCUUGUGCACAUGCAAUGGCAAAUUAUAAAACUUACCAGGAAAGGUUAAAGGAUUUUACCCUGUAUAGCUUGGAGGAAAGGCAAGACAGGGGGGAUAUGACAGAAACAUUUAAAUACAUAAAGGGAAUCAACACAGUAAAGGAGGAGAAGAAAAACUACCACAACAAGAGGACAUAGUCUUAAAUUAGAAGGGCAAAGGUUUAAAAAUAAUAUCCGGAAGUAUUACUUUACAGAGAGGGUAGUGGAUGCAUGGAAUAGCCUUCCAGCUGAAGUUGUAAAGGUUAAAACUGUAAAGGAGUUUAACCUCUUAAGGACCAAACUUCUGGAAUAAAAGGGAAUCAUGACAUGUCACUCAUGUCAUGUAUCCUUAAGGGGUUAAGCAUGCGUGGGAUAUGCAUAAGGCUAACUAUACGAUAAGGCCAGGGACUAAUGAAAGUAUUUUUAAAAGUAUUUUAUUGGGCAGACUAGAUGGGCCAAAUGGUUCUUAUCUGCCGUCACAUUCUAAUUGCCUCAUUGCAAAAAUCAAAUGCACCCAGAUUACGUUAAUUGAGUGUCUCUUAAAAGAGAAUACAAAAUAAAGAAAGAAUGAGAUACUGAUCCAUAGAGAAAAUUCAAAAUGAUCCUAUGUGUGAUGGGAUGGUCUAAUAUUGCAACACUGUGUCCUGAUGACCUCUAGUGUGAAUAGGAAUGGAUGGUUUUUCAAUGGGUAUGAUAUACCGUAGUUAGACUUUUUUACAACCUGAAUUAUUUCAGGAUUAGAUUGUAUUAACUAAUACUGAACAUUCCACCACUGAUCGGUAGGAACAUACAGAAAUGAUGUUUAUUCAUAGCAUUUUGUUUUCAGUUUCUAAUUGUGUGAAUAAACUGUGAACAUUUGAUGGCAAUUUUGUAUUUCAGAAAUGAAGAUUCUGGAAGAGGGAAAAUAUUCAAGGCACGUGCUUCACUGCUGGAGUAAGUAGAGAUUUUAAAGGGACACUACAACUUCCGAUUCUUUGUAAUGCAUAAUGCAAAAAAAAAAAAAAAAAAGCAUAAUACAUACAAAGAUACCACUUGGAUUUUGUAUAUCAAUUUGCAGCAAAUCGACAGGCUUUACAACUCCUACAAAAAAAAGUAUUCUUAUUUUAUUUCAUCCUGGAGUUUUAAGAUAUUUAAGGAGACGGGAACAAAGUACCUCACUGAUCCGUAAUCCAGGCAGAGAGCAUAAUGUUUGAGUUUUGGAGUGGCUCUUUAAGGAAGGUUAACUACCAACUAUCUUUUUCUAACAAAUUUCUCCUGCCUUACCCCAAACCUUGGUAGUGACAUUCAAUAUUCAAUAUUGCUGCAAGCUGAAUAUAGGUUGGCAUUGGUUUAUUAGUACGUUAAAUUGCAUGAUUUAAAUACAAAUAUGAUGCUAGAUUGCAUCCUAUAAAAUGUAACUGUUUUAUAUAUAUUUAUUAUAUAUUUAGUGGAAUCUUGUAAAAAAUUUGUAAUGCGGAAUAUUAAAAAGCAACUUUAAUUGUUUUGUUAAUAUUAAAGGAUCACUAUAGUGUCAGGAAAACAAAGCCGUUUUCCUGACACUAUAGUGCCCUGAGGGUGCCCCCACCCUUAGGGUCUCCGUCCCGUGGCGCUGAAGGGGUUAAAACCCCUUCAGAUAGUUACUUUAAUCCAGUGCCGGACUCACUCGACGCUGGUGACCUCUCCUCCCUGUCCAACGUCAGCUCCCCUGUCCAACGUCAGUGGAGACGAAUGCGCAUGCGCGGCAAGUGCCCCGCGCGCAUUCAAAGUGUCCAUAGGAAAGCAUUUCUCAAUGCUUUCCUAUGGACGCUCUGUGCGAUGGACGCGAAAUUCGCAUCCAGCGUCGCAGUUGCGCCUCUAGUGGCUGUCCGGAAGACAGCCACAAGAGGCUGGAUUAACCCCUGCUAUGUAAACAUAGCAGUUUCUCUGAAACUGCUAUGUUUGCAUCUGAAGGGUUAAAACCUGAGGGACUUGGCACCCUGACCACUUCAUUGAGCUGAAGUGGUCUGGGUGAUUAUGGUAUCCUUUAACUUUACGUGAAUCCCUGCUGAUUUACAGCACUAAGUAUUAACAUGCAGUAAAUAAAGUUGAAGUAUCAUCAAUGUUUAGGAUGCUGCCAAUACACACAGCAUCUGCUUUUAUGUCUAAUAAUAUAAUAUUUGUUCUUUGCUGUUUUAUCUCAGUGAACUGAUGGAGGUGGAACACUUUCGCACUAUUUAUCACAUGUUUGUGGCAGCAUUUUGCGUCUUUAUCAGCACUGUGGCUAUGGAUUCAAUUGACCAGGGCAGGUAAGAGACGCAUUUGAGAAAGUAUUCUUUAAGAGUAAUGGGGUGAAUAGGCCAAAAUUCUUUAGGACUCUUAAAACUGGGCCCCAAGUCGUGUUCCCAGGAAGGCAUGUUUCCCAGAUGUUAUCGGAUGUUACUCUCUGUGUUGUUCAGUACAUGGGCAACUAGGUGACAAUAACAGGGUUAUUUACUAACAGGGUUAUCUGAAAGUGAAUUUCAGAUAUAAGGAGAAAUCAGCUGAACUGAAAAUAUUGCAGAUUUUUUCCAGUUUGGCUAUUUGGACCUUAAACGUAAAAUUCACUUUGAAUUCUCACUUUAGUAAAAAGUCUAGCAUAAGAAACCCUGUACGAACACCUGUGGCAUGGUUAUUGGUUAAAGAUCUGCCCUGUAUAUACAGUUUUAAUCAAAGUUAUUCAAAUCAGGUUUGUUGUAAAAAUUUACAGACUUUCAGUUGUUUGCAAUGAACAGAUUAAAACAAAAGCAAUUGAAAUAGCUCAACCCAAUGAAUGAUUCAAGUGGUUUCCCCAUAUUCAACUGAAAUUGCAACUUAUAAUGACUUCUAUAGUCUCAAAAUUGACCAAUGGCCUCCAGUUCAGUAAUAUUUGUGGGUUUGCGUGCUGCAACAGCCUUCUUCAAAUCCCACCUGAUAUUUUCUAUAGUGUUCAAUUCAGAUGACUGUGAUGGCCACUGUAGAGUUCUUCUGGACUACUUCUGCAACCAAGCCUUGGUGGAAUUUGAGGUAUACUCGGGAUUAUUGUCUUGUUGGAAGGUCCAAUGAUAAUCAAGCUUCAGCUUUCUCACAGAUUGCAUGGGAUUUCCUGAUACUUGAAUGAAUCCAUCUUGCCUAUCACAUGCUGCAGGUUUUCCAGUGCCAGGGGAUGCAAAGAAGCCCCAGAGCAUUACCUAGCCACUACCAUGCUUAACUGUAGGCACAGUGUUCUUUUCAGUGUAUGCAUAAUUCUUCUGCAGAUCCAUUUGGCCAAAAAGUUCCAGUUUUGUUUCAUUUCUUCACAGAACAAAAUCCCCAAAAUUUUGUCUUGGAGUUCUUGCAUGGGAACCUUCUGCAUUUAAUACGCACCUUUCCUCACUGUAACCUGAGUGCCUAUUGUCACAAACUCUUGCUGCAGGUCUUUUGCAGUCACUCAAGGGUUUUCACAACCAGGUUGUAGCGAUUGAUAGUUUCCUUUUUUAUGCCCUGUCCAGGUAGAGUAACCACUGUUCUUUCAACUUUGAACUUCCAAAGGUGUAGCUGGGAACAUUCAGUGCCUUCUGCUAUCUUUUUGUAUCAUGUUCCAUGUUUGUACGAGGGCAAUGAUCUCUUCUCUAAACUAAGUGGACCAUUCUUUUGAACUGGUCAUAUUUCUAACGUGCAGUCAAACAUUACACUCAACAAACCCCUAGCCAGUUCAGGUAGUUACAGCAUAGUUCAAGUGGUCCAGUCAAGCACACUUGAGGCAACUAAUGAAGCCCUGCUUUGCAUAUUUGUGCUGGUGUCAGGAAUUCUGUUCAGUGGGUUGAAUAAUUUUGAGACUAGAGAAGUCAUUAUAAGUUGCAUUUUCAGUUGAAUUAGGGAAAACCACUUGAAGAAUUCACCAUGUUGAGCUAUUUAAUUUGCUUUUGUUUGAUUUGUUCAUUGCAAACAGCUGAAAGUCUGUAACGUUUGACAGUAAACCUGAUUUUUAAUGGGGGCUGGAAAAGUUUGUUUACAACUGUAAAUAUGUCCUCUGUUCUACAAAAUAAUGUCCAUUAUUGUUCAACUGACUUGUGUUUCUUCCUUGCUAUGACAGAUUUAAUUACUUGAGCUAUGUAAUAUCAGGUUUAAUCUACAUUUCAUGUAGUAACGACUAACCAGCAUACUCUACUACAAAUAAACAUUACACACCCAUCAAGUGACCUCUGACCUCUGACCUCAGUAUGGCAAUGUGGAGUCAGUACUACAAGCUAACAUUAAAAGGAAGAAAGAUACCACUGUCACAUUUACAGCACCUUCUCUUUUACCUCUUAUAAAUGUGCUUAUUGUAAAAAAUUACAAACUUUUAUUGAAACAAAAAAUUAAAUAAUCAUGUAGUGCUGAGACUUUGAAUACAUACAAUGAAUAUACAGUUUAGAGCAGAGAUAGUCAACCUGGUCCCUACCAGGCAGUUUGGGAUUUAAGGUGGGUGGUAGUGGGUUCUGCAAAAAACGCCUAGUGGGCCUUGAGGGCCGAGGAUCAAGACCAGCAGGGGAGAACCUUUCAUCUCCCCUGUCGGCCCGUGCAGAAUCAGCCAGCCUGGUGGCAAGCACUCUCGGUGAGGAGAUCCCCCUCACUGGCCCACUGGCACUUAGUUCCAACAGAAGGAGGGAAGGGCCUGGGAGGCUCUGUGUUCCUCCCACGAGCAGGCUGGUUGGAGCGUUGCUGUGGCAAUGCUCCGAUACAGUGCUGUGCUGCAGGCUAAAGUGAACAUGCCACCACUGGACUACUAUGGUUUGCAACAUUAUGUCCCCCCUACCUGGUAAAAGGUAAGAAGAAGAGAGGGGGAGACAUUAAGAUAGUUUUUCACAUUUCACCCACUUACACACAGCAUUGACCCUAUGCACCCUUCACACACAAAUACACACUACACCUCACACACACAGACUGCCCACCGCGCGCACACACACACACACACACACAGACUGCCCCCUCACACACACGCACUGCCUCCCUCCCUCACACACGCACUGCACACUUCAGCCACGCGCUGCACCCUUCAGCCAAGCACAGCAACCUUUAGCCACGCACAGCAACCCUCAGACCCGCACAGCAACCUUCAGACCCACACAGCAACCCUCAGACCCGCACAGCAACUCUCACACAUAUACAGUACUCCUCACACACAGCGCCCUUCACACACAGCACACAUUAGUAAAUAUUUUUUUUAAAUCCUCCUUUCUAAAAAGGUAAGGAAACUUUACCAUCAACCAAGAUACAAAAGUGGAUGGUAUGUAUUAAAAGGUUUGCUACCCCUGGUUUAGACAAAAGAACUGAUACUUUUAAAAGCCUGUUGGAGUGCUGAAUACAGAGGUAAUGGGACCGGUACAGACAUGUUGGCUUGAUCUCUAAACUUAACUUAUAGAAGAAGGUGAGUUCUGUACACCAGCCAAAUUCAAGCGAAUCAGUUAUCUGUGGAUUAUUGUUAUUCUGACUAUGAAGUCUUUCUAUCCCAGAGGAGUCUUGAAAUACUAGUGGAAAUUUGGUAUUUAUAGUAGAACAUAAUUUGGUGUGAAAGUGAAUAAAUAAUCUUUAUCUGUAUUUUCUUUUAUAUAUUUCAGAUUGGUUUUAGAGUUUGAUUUGUUUUUUUACUCACUUGGACAGCCUUGUACUGUGGUAUGGUCAUGGACCUGUUUCUUUAUCUACACUCUCUUGGUGCCCUACAAAACCUUGCACUUCUGGGGAUCUCGCUUUUCCAAGUCAAAACAUCCAUUCCUGCUGUCUGCGUCUGUAAUCAGCAUUUUUGGUAUCUGUCAGUUUUGUGUAUUGGGUAUUUUUCCAACAUACAUUGUGCUACAUUACAAACUUCCUCCAGCAUCCAGCUUGAUAGUGACCUUAGAACAGGUAUGAAAACACACGCACAUUUUUUUACUUCCUUUUAUUCAUUACUCACCAGUGACUGUUCUACUUUAAGUAAGUACAGUAAAAGAAGAAAGCGCAAAGUGGAGCUUACUCUGUAGGCAAGUGUUUUUUUGUUUUAUUUCCCAUUGGCCCACCAAUUCAUUAAAGUAAUGUUUACAAACUGCUGACUACAUUUAUAUUGUAAAAGCUAAAUGUCUGUAAUUAAAUUGUUUUUCCAUAGAUGUCAACUGUCUUUAAUUAGUCAAUGUCCACGAAUAAAUGCAAAAUAAUUCAUAUUCUAUCUUUUUCAGCCAAAUAUAGCCAUAUGCAGAUUAGGCAUGUAUGUAUAUGUAUUUUUUUUUUCUUUUUUGCAUUUACACUUGGUUUUUCAAUUUAGGUUCGUUUUCUGAUGAAGACCUACUCCUUUUUACGAGAGACUGUUCCAUCUGUGAUUCGGAAAGAGAGUACGUCAUGGAGAAGGGAGGGUUUGUCAUUUGUAGGGAAAAUAGAUAUAUAGCAAAGUCAUCAAUGGAACAAUAUAACAUUACAUAAAAUGUCCUAAGGAAACUGUGGAAUCAUGGAAACAAAUCUACUAAUUAUGGUAUAAAAGUGGCAAAACUUCAACAAAUUAGAUAUACCGGUAUGUAUGGGGAUAUGUAACGUAAUAUAUCUAUAUAAAGCGAGAGAGAGCUAGGUCCAACUUGAGACAUGAAGGUAACCCACUAGUACUUUUUCUCUUUGCAGUAUGGGGAGUUUUAUUCUGUGUGGCUUCUAGCUAUACUGUGUAUAUUUUAGUGUUUGACACCUAGCUAUAUGCUCUAAGAAAGACUGCAAUUUACAGACCAGAACUCUUGCCAAGCUGACAAGACUUUACAGUCAGUUUCUGGUCACUUGUUUAUUUGGAUCACAACCCAUUCUAUGGUGUUGGAAAAAAAAGCUGUCUUAAAAAGUGUCCAUUGCUAAGGAUAGUCUGAAACACUAUGCCAGUCUGUACUGCAUGUCAAGCUGGGAACUCUGGGAAAGUCGUAGAACAUUAAUUCUUAAGUUUCUGUGCCCAAAGCCCAAUUUAAGGCCUGCACCAACAUGACGUGAUACACAGCAAUAUUUUGUGUAUAUGUUCUGUGCAGAGUUUUGUUGUGUUUGGUCUCACCAUGAACCUGGUACCAUACUUAUGACACCCACAUGGUCAUAGCUGUACAGAUAAUGACUGGUUUCUGAUUACUGGUCCCUUUGGAUCACAAACCAUGCUAUGGUUUAAAACUAUCCAAAGUACAACACCAGAUAUGCAGGUGAUUCACAAUAUAUAUAGUAGCGCUCUUAAUAUAGAUAUAAUACAGAGCUCCAAGUGACUUUAUGAAUGCUCAUUAAAAUCUUAUGCAGUUCUGUGACUUCAUACAUGUCCCCAACACUGUUUGGUAACAUUUCUAUUGUACUCCUUAUGCUGUUAGUGCCUAUACUCUUCUAUCCCUGGAGGGCCCUGCAAUACUAGUUGAAUUUGGGAUUGGUGGUAGAACAUGGUUUAAUGGUAAAUAUUUAGUGGAAUAAAAAAUAAUUGUCGAAGAGAUUACCUGAUUUCACAUAUUUAAAUACUGACCUAAAGUCAUCUUUUUCCACUUCAAAAAGCCAUCUUUCUUCGUCUUGUAGGGAAUCCGGACCAGCUUCCCAAACUUUCAAGUUAUCUUUAUUUUCUAUUCUGCCCAACGCUAAUAUAUAGAGACAGCUACCCAAGGUAACACCUCUGGAUGGCUAGGUAACGAUAUUGUAAACUGUUAUGAUUUGUAACUCUUUGUUAUAAUGUUACUUUUACUGUUAUAAAGCUUUGUAACUCAUAGGGUGAUAAUGAUCAUAAAAUGUAACCUUAAUAAUGUUGAUCGAGAGAACAACUCUCUGUCUAAUAACUAUUUUUUUAUUUUAUUUUUUUAAAAUAUAACUUUUUUGAGCAAAAUGUAAAAUUUUUUUAUGAUGAUUAUAUAGGAUUUAUUCGAAAUGAUGGAUCUCAAUAGUCAGUUGUACUAACAUUUUAAAAGAAACCAUCAAGGUAUUAUUUUCUUCUAAUUCACAUGUAAUAACUACUUCUUCUUGUAUCUAUUUAGAACCUCUUAUAUCAGAUGGAAUUAUGUGGUUAAGAAUUUUGCUCAGGUAUGCUCCAAAAACAAUUGCCCUCCACUACCACUUUAAAUAAUUAUUUUUACCCAUGCUUAGGCUCAUUGUCUUACUAAGUAUUGAAGUUUGUCUGUGCAAGUUAAAGUGAAAUAUACAUAAUAUACAUUGAAUCUUUUAGCUAAAUGAAAGAAAUGGAUAUCAUCGCAACUGAUAUGUUAGUUGAGAGGAGACUUUACUUAAUUACAAUGUAUAUUGUUUAAAGUCAACACAUAAACACUGCUUCUUAUAUACACGUGUGUGUGUACGCGUGCAUGCAUUCCCAAUUUUCAUGUUUUGACACAUUUUUUUACUUGUUUUGUAUAGUUUUAUAAUAAUGUUUUCUAAUAUGUUUUUCUUUUACUUCUAGUUCCUGGGUGGUCUGUUUUUUAUGUCUUUCACAUAUGUCACAUUGUGGAUUCCUGUCUUCACUAAUGUGAGCAAGCAGCCAUUGAACAUAAGGACUAUGGUGCUAUCUGUUUUCCAUGCUACCUUACCUGGUAAUGGAUUGCUCAUAGUCAGGUUAAUAGAUUGUAAACAAAUGUGCUAUGGAUAAAACCUCUGGGUAACCAUGAUUUGAAAGAUUGCCAUUCCCUCUGGGCAUUAAUAGGCAAAUACAGAGAGUUUAUUAGAAGCAUAGAAUGUUUCUAUGAAAGAUUUAAAAUGGCAGACAGGAAGGAAAGAAAACAGACAGAAAUGCAGACAGAGAGUCACAUAGGCACUAGGCUCUCUCCCCAGACACAGGCUCUCUGUUGGACAAACUGGACAAAUGCUCGGUGACCUGAGAUGGCCACAGAUUAGGACCAACAGGGAAGAUUAGAGGAUCUUUCUGGCCAGCCCAUGCAUGGCCUGUACUAGUUGAGCGCCUCCCCAAUGGUGGAGUUGUGCGGCAAAUGAGAAGAUCAAAGAUCUCCCUCACCAGCCUGCACUGUAUAAUGCCAGGAAGAGGGAACCCAGUGUUUGCUUUUUCUUCCCUCUGUGGCUCAAAGUAAGCCACAUGGAGGAGGUGAAAAACAUUUUUGAAAGAUGUGAUUUAAAAAAAAAUAUAUAUAUAUUUUUUUUUAAUACAAUCUCCUACUUUCCACCAAAGAGUCUAUACCCCCACAUCCUACAGACACUCACACAACAGCCUACAUCAUAUCCCCUCACAACACACACAUCAGCCAAUAACCCACCAUACAUACACUAAAGCUCGAUGUACCUCCCACAUACAACCUACAGACAAUAUCCCCUCAGAAAUACACAAUACAGGCCAUAUCCCACAAUCCCCCAAAACAGACAAUACCCACAAUACAAUCAUAUCCUCCAACAUACACUACAGUCCCAAUCUACACAAUCCCUAUGACCUUCAACAUGGGCUGCUUUGGAGUGGCAUCAAACUGUCAUGUUGGGGAAAUCUUAUCCCAGUCUGGCUUGUGUUAUCCAUCUCCAAAUUGCAAAUGUCUCAAUGAUCUCUCUCUCUCCCACAUAUUCUUCUUUCCUCACUCUGCUUUUCCUUCCUUGCUCCCUCACACUCAUGCUGUCUUCUUCCUUCCUUCCUUCCCUCCCACCCUCAUUUCCUCCCUUCCAAUAUAACCUGGUACAAAUUUAUCCAGAAAACACUCAUGAUGUUGGGUAACUCUGGACUCAAGAAGAGUCAUGCUUUUUCAAUCAGGACAGGACAAAUCUUCUGAGGAGAAAAUCUCUGGAAAGCCAUGAAUUGGAGGACUUCACUUUCCUCUGGGCAUUAAGAGGCAAAUUAAAGUGACAGAAGAUCAUACAGAUGGAAGGCAAAUGGGAAUUAAAGAAAACACAGACAGGAAGGCAGACAGAGAGAUAUAUAGACACUAGGCAAUCUGCUCUUUACCUAUCCCCAUCCAAACUUCCCAAUGUAGCAAGCACAAAUCUUAGAAUGAUGUUCAUCCCCUUUUGAAGAAACUACAAUAUUUGACAAAGGGUAUACAAGUAGCCAAAAUAUAAUGCUCCCCUGCUAGAAUCUCCAUUGCUUCAGAUCAGAUCGAGGUUAAUCCAACUCCAAGUCUUUGGACAUAUCCAGCUGAAGCAUAGAUCUGUAUGCCAUUGAGAUAAUGACACCCAUAGACACACUGUGUCAGUCAGUCACUGUGUCAGAGCUUUGGAUAUAACUGGGAUAAAGUAGAAUGUUCAGGCAGCUAUAGUUACAUUUAUGACAUCACCUAUUAUGACUUCACUGCUAAGGAUUACUUUUAUUUUGUUACUAUAUUCACAUUUAUACUUUAAUUUCCAGCAGAGUAUUAGCUCGUUAGCCCACAUCUUGAGCCUUUAUCGUCUUUCUUUACAUUCCCCACGCAGUGAUAUUAGAUUGUCUCUCAUGAUUCUUACUAUUUUUCUAAAUGCUUUCAAUAAUUAGAAAUGAGUGGUCAAUCAACAUGCAAAUUACAACAUUUUACCUAUCUAGCUCAAGUUGGAGAACAUUGAACUUACUUGUUUUCAAACGGUUUUGUUUUUUUUGUUUUUAAAAGUGCAACACCACAUCUAUAUAUUCACCAUCCACCCAAGAUCAUGCAUUCUUUACCCUUUUCUCUAUCCAUCUAGCAUCACUCGUGGCAACACACACGGUAACAGGAGGAGACUGUAAUGUAGUCUAUUCCCCCCUCCAACAGACAGGUCUGGGUUGGGGGGAUUUUGGCCAUCGGCCAUCUUCUCCCAAUUCCUGAGCUCGCAUACCCUAAUUGACAUCUGGUGAGCGCAACACCCUUCAAUGGCAGACUACACAUUUUUAUCCCACCCACACAACACCUACUCCCACAUAGACUACUUCCUGAUCUCCCCUAACCUAGCCACUAAUGCAGACCGCACCUCCAUAGGCAACAUCACAUGGUUGGACCACGCCGACAUAUCCGUUACCAUAUCUGUGCCCACAAUCUCGUGACCAUGGGCCUGGAGACUCAACCCUCUACUGCUCCAUGAUAAACUGACCACAGAUACGAUUGCAAAGGACAUCCAAGACACUUAAUAAAUACUCAGUUUCCUCCCCGAUGACUCUGUGGGCAGCCCACACGGUGGUGAUCCGGGGGAGACUGAUUGCCAUAGCAUCCUCCAAGAAAAAACAUACCCAAAUGCUCCGAGCCAUGUCCAACCUCAACUGCUUAUAACACGUUCACAAACAAAACCCGACCCCUGCAAACUUAGAACAAUUAAUGCCACCAGAGAACUCACUAAAAGACACGGCGAAAGCCCUUCUCUGGACAAAACAAAAAUAUUAUGAGAAAGGUAAUACGGCAGAUACCAUGCUAGCCCGCAAACCUAAACGCACCAUAGAAGCAAAGAAGAUCUCUAAAACAUGCAUUGCGGACGGCAUCCUAAGCGAUGACCCAGUGAAAAUUGGCGAAGUCUUCCUAUACUAUUUCGCAAAUUUAUACAAUCACACCCCACACCCCCAAACAGACCGCAUACAUACUCUCACCACUACAUUCCUCCAAAAGCUACAACUACCCAUACUCUCCAACACAGCAAAACAAUUGCUCUCCACCAAAGUCACUGAGAUAGAGCUGGCAGCGGCUCUUGGUUCCCUUAAACCCAACAAGUGCCCUGGCCCGGACAGCUAUUCAGCACUAUAUUAUAAGUCCUUUAGCGACAUAUUACUACCCAAACUUGGUAAGGUCUUUAACGCCAUAUUGACAGGUGACAGGCUCCCACCUGACCUCGUGCAAGAAAACAUCAUACUCAUACCCAAGCCAGGCAAAUCCCAUGAGGACCCAGGUCACUUCGACCAAUUUCAUUACUCAAUGUGGACAUCAAAUUGAUGGCCAAAAUCAUGACUGAACCCAAUAAUGGAAAAGUUAAUACACCCUGACCAAGUCGGAUUCAUUCCUAACAGACAGGCAUCUGACAACACCCAAUGAAACAUUGACCUGAUUUGGUACACCAAUCGUAGAGAAUUGCCGGUGGCCAUGAUCUCCCUAGACACCAAGAAGGCCUUUGAUCGCCUUCUCUGGCCUUACUUAAGCUCGGUCCUAGACCACUUGGGAUUUCCAGCAGAUUUCCAGAACUUCCUCACCGCAACAUAUCGGUCCCCACAAGGCUACCUACUGCUUCCUAACAUCCCACCAUUCUCUUUCCUAUCCACAACAGGACACGUCAAGGAUGCCCAUUGUCUCCUCUUCUCUUCGCCUUGUCACUAGAACCCCUUUUGCAAGCGAUGCGGGAAUCUUGGGAAAUGAAAGGAAUAACACUCAGGGGAGAGACAUUUAAAGAAUCAGCAUUUGUAGACGAUAUUCUGCUGACAAUAACUGAGCCAGAAACCUCGAUACCAGCCUUAUUACACCUCAUCCAAACCUACUCCACAAUAUCGGGAUAUAAACUUAACGCCAUGUAAUCGGACCUAAUGCCCCUCAAUAUACCCAAGAACGUCUGAAUAACCUGAGUAACCCCUUUCCCUUACAUAUAAACCCCAAGGCAAUCACAUAUUUGGGUAUGCAACUCACUACAGAUACUACCACCCUAUACACAUCUAACUACAACCCACUCAUACUUGAACCACUGGAACUUGAACCACUGGAAACCCAUGAGCAUCUCAUGGAUUGGAAGAGUAACAUUAAUCAAAAUGAACCUCCAACCCAGAUUCCUCUACCUCUUCCAAACCCUCCAUUCCCAGCAAAACAACAGAUCUUUGCCAACUACAAUCAGCCAUAGAUACGUUCAUCUGGAAUGGUCGCAAGUGACUGGUUUGCCGAACUACACUAUACGUCCCUAAACGCCCAGGAGGUUUGGGACUCCCCAACUUCUUACACUACCGCUAAGCCACCCACCUUACUCAACUACAAAACUGGCACCUACCACCAGGAAAAAAACACAGGGUGAAUCUAGAACACUCUAUCUUUGGCUGGGACCACUCAUCACUCUACAUAUGGCUUCCGAAGCAAUAUAGACCCCUACCCCACCGUCACAUCCUCAAUGAUCCCAUACACAAUCGACCUCUGGGACCGCUUACAAGACAAAUACGACCUAUCCUCAGGCAUAUCACCCCUAACCCAUAUACUCAGAAACAAUAUGUUUCCUCGGGUACUCACCCCAAAGCACUAUGCUCACUAUGAUCACCGAGAUAUCACGAGACUGGGACAUCUAUACCAAAAUUGAGAACUAAUCACAUUUUCAGGCCUCCCAAACCCUGAAACCCUGACUUCCUUUGACCACUUCAGAUUCCUCCAACUUCGCCUCCGCUCAGACAGUUCGAUUAGUGGCAACAUCCACCCCCACGGCCUUCGAAAGAGACGGCCUCCUAGCACCAGCCAGAUAGGGCCAAAUUUCUGACCUUUACAUUACACUGGCAAUGCGCCACACGCAAAUCACAUUACCAUACAUUAAAGCAUGGGAAAAAGACAUAGGACCACUAAAUGACCCUAUGGACUUGUCCGAAAUCUGGGACACGAUUACAUCCAUUACCAUCUGUGUCACCCAUCUAGAACAAGCUUAUAAGAUGCUGUUCAGAUGGUACUUAACCCCUCACUGCUUAGCCACCAUGAAAUGAAUACCUUUCAACAAUGCGGAGAGACUGGUACCUUCAUCCACUGCUGGUGGACCUGCCCGAAGAUCUUUCCAGUCUGGAAAAUGGUGGUGUCUCUGCUAUCCAGACUUCUUAGCCGACCUUUCCCACUGGAGCCUUGGGCCCUUUUACUGUCAAAACCAAUAGAGCCAUUCAUGAGAAAUGAAAAUAAACUAGCAGUCCACAUAGCCUUGGCUAUGCGCAGGGCAAUUGCAGAAACAUGGGCCACCCCUAACAACCCCAUGUCCCACCAAAUAAAAAAGAAAAUCAGCCUAGAAAUGGACAGACUGACCACCCAGGUUCGUGAGUCCCUAGAUCCUUCCAUAAGAUAUGGGACAUCUGGCAACAUGGAGACAUAUCCCUUCCGUGGUAACCACCUAAAUCUUAAAUAUUGACUGUGAUGGACCGCCUGGCACUGCGACCGGGUACCUUCAUCAAUCUCUGCUUCCUAAUACUGACGAGUACCAUAAGCACUUCUCUGGAACUCCAGAACUACCGGAGACCACACAAACUGCCGCAGCUUGGUUGGGGUCUCGCCAUCCUCCACCCACUCUGGACCUACCACCAGGCUCCAGCUUCCAGUGGGUGAACCUCUCCUUUGUCCAGAGAUCGUGGCAGAAACAGCUCUUAGAAGAGCUAGUGAUUAUACUCAGGGGAGUAUUGUGAUAUAGCAAUCUCCUGAGUGUGAAGGUAGUUCUCCAAUCCACCAAACAUGAGCAAAAACCUCAUGGAGGGAUAAGAUGUUCUGAGCUUUAAUGGUUCACACUGGCUUUUAUACACAAUCCUCAUACAUAGGAACACCCCUUGGACCUGAUGGGGCACAGGAUUACAAAAUGCACAGACCAAUAAAAACAGUGUAACAAUGCCUGACACUCCCAUAUACAAACAAUAGAAUCCCUCCUCUGUGCUUGGGGGAUAAUUGAAUCAGGAACCGUACUUACAAAAUCCAAUUAUCUCCAAGCACAGAAAAAACAUAUUUUUAUGAAACCCCAAAAAGUACCAUAAAACCCCAUAAAAGUUACAUCUCCUGAUAGCCCCUAUAUGGGUGAACAACAUAUCCAAAAAUCACCCAGAUCGGUUCAGGGGUUCAGGAAUUUCCUGGAAGUCAUUGUUUUGACCAACCGUGCACAUGGUCCUUAUGCCCAAAACAGUUCCAGGGAAUUAGGGCCAACGGUCGGUCUCUCUUUAUGGAGUACAAAAGUAUAUACAUCACAUAGAUGGAGCCUUUUAAAGUGCAUUGGGCAAGGUAUAUUGCAGGGCCCAUAGUCACAGGUAGGAGGCUGGCAAGCUGGCCUCUCCAAAACCCAGUGGCGAAAGUGCUUUUGUCACACCGACCGCUCUGAAUACAAAUAACCCACUCACUAAGAGCUUCGGACUCCACCCAAUACCAAUCACCCUCCCUCCACCCUACCCGGGGUCCUGGCCACCCUAUCUCUCUCCGCCUCCUCUUCCCUUUGUUCCCUUGUUCUCGUUCAUUACCCUAGUUCUAUACUCCAGGCCCAAUCAGGACCACCGUCACCUCAGAAUCUCAGCACCUCAAGAGGACUUGGUCCACUGCGCCACGCACUGACCUCCUCCUCUAAGUCCAUGAAACCACAUGGAUAAGGGAUAACGCAUUCACAACACUAACCUACACAUAAGUCCCAGACUGCAUAGGUCCACAUACAAACAACAUAUUUGGUCCAGAGCCUGGGUCAGGCGCUUUGCCCACUGAAGGAGCCUUGGCUAAUGUACCCAGCACCCACCCAGUCACCGGGACUGGAAAGAUGUAAAAGACCUGUUACAAUCAAGAACCACUGCUAACCAAAUUGAGAACUGAUCAAGAGUUUGCUCAUUCAGAUGGACUAUGAGUGUAUUUUCCUGUUACUGUUUCUGUUACUUUAACCUGCCUUUUCAUUUCUGUAACAAUUAAAAUUCUGAAAAAAAAACACAGUUGCACUCUCCCUACCACCUUCUAUCCCUUUCUCUCCCUUUCUCUCACCCAUCCUCUCUCUUCCUCCCUCACUCAUUGGUUCUCUAUCUCCCUAUACCUCCCAGGUGUCCCUUUCUCCUCUCGCCUCCAAUCUUCCCUUCAGUAUAUUUAAAAAGUUAAUCCCACCAAUAUAGUGGUCAUGGCAGUAGAAGUAUGUAUGUGCAGCAUUUCUGCUUGAAAUGCUGAAUAUACAGAGAUACGUGGAUGUGACGAAGUGCCCUUCGCCACUUGUGCCUGGAGGGGACUACUGGCUAGCCUCCUGCCUUCUGACUAUGUCCCCUCUGCUGAUAGCUGUAUUUUACCCUGCAGAAAGGUAUUUGUGUAUUUCUGCCAGGGCGUUCGGGACUUUCAGUAUGUGAAAAGUGCUACCCCAGAUAGCUAUGCUAUGGGGCCUAUUCGUGUAAUGAAAGACUAUAGAAAAGACUUUGGCUCCAUGGCGAUUGAACUGUAUGUAUGUGAUCUGAGCUCCAUUAGGUAAUAAUGUGCACUUCGAUCUAAGCUAUCUGGGGAUAUGUUGCAUGUAUAUGUUUUAUGUAGUAAUUGUAACAUUGUGUAAUUUUAUGUCUUUUUAUAACCAUGUGGUUAAUGGAGUCUUGCCUCUGUCCUGGGAGAUAAUUUAAUUACUUCCCAAUUAUCUCCAGGAUAGAGAGGAGGGAUUGUGAUGUCCCUGUGGGAGUGUUUUGUUUGUAUUGUCUGUGAUUGGCUAAUAUCCAAUAUGUGUCCCAUUGUUCCAUAAGGUCACCUGGUGGACACUUGCAUAAAUACCGGGCAGGUAGCCCUCAAUAAACCAGACUUACUUGCACCUUUCUUGAAGCCUUGGCUCAUGCUUGGGGGAAGGGAUACCUACACUCUGGGGAUUGCUAUAAUCACUUACUCCCCAGAGUAAGCUCUUGUAAGAGCUUGAUUUGUUCCUGCUACGUUCUCUGGAUUUAGGAGAGGUUCACCCACUGGGAGCUGGGUCCUGGUCGUGAAUCCAGGGUGGGUGAGAGACGGCGAGACCCGGCGCAGCUGCAUCGGUUGGAGUGCUCGGAGUCCUCGGCAAGCGCUAGAAGCAUCGAUUGGCGGAGGUACUCAGUCAGAGUGCCAGCAGUCCGUCAAAGUGGACUUGUAUGCCAGGGUAUAGUUGCACCCCUGCCACAUGUGACUGAGCCAGUUUGGAACUCUAUUCCAGGUGCCCAAUUCCAACCCUGUUCAAAAAUAACAGAAUCUCCAUUCUAUUAAAACCGUCCCUGCCAUCACCUCAUCCCUGCUUUCUAAAAUAGUGGUCCAUUUUUAUUUAAUCCCCUUCAUCCGCUGUACACCCCUACUGCCGUGCAAGCACACAUGCCCUGAGCCAGGGCAAUGGUUCAAUCCAAUGCUUCUUUAUGGGAAGGAUAACAGUAGCUCUUUAAUAUUAUAUUAUUAAAAGGAGGAUGGAGCACGAAUAUAAAUUAAAGUUGUUUUGCCUGCUACAAUAAUUAUUCCAAUUAAAACUGAAUAGCUUGCCUAGUAAUCCCAAAUUACCUAUACAGAUGGAAAACAAGAGGUAUUUGAGAAAGAGCAGGCAAGAGUUGUGGUCAGAAGGUGGUGCCAGUCCACCUGGGGGCUUGUACCCGAGUAAAUGUAUAGAUUGAAAAAUAUGGAAUGCUGGCAAAGUAAUAUGUUUAAACAACUUGGAGGUCUGUACCUACUGAACCUUACAGUAAUGUGAUGUAUAUAUAUAUAUGGGAAAAAAAGAAAGAAAAGGUGGGAGGUAAAAAAGCCCCCUAAUGACUUAUAUAAUGGUACUCAUGCAGAAUAAUCAGCUGACUACUGUCUUUAUUAAAUUCUGAUUGAUAGCAUAAUUGACCAAUUAGGAGUCUCCCUUUAUCAGUGGCUAGUUGCCUUACCAAUAGCUAGUAAUACUUAUUGCUAUGGUCAAUUCGCCAACGGCAAACAAAAAAUCCCAUAAAUGCACAUUGACAUCAAAAGAAAAAGCAAAGGGUAAAGAGCCAGAGUGUGGCUAAAUACAAUGUUACAAUCAUUAACAAUGAUGCGAAUAAAGUAACUACUUCUUGUGAGUCAUAUCCAGAAGGAGAUAUAAAUUAGGAGACUGGAAAAACAAGCUCAUCUUAUGUCUCUUAGAGAGAAAAGCUAUACACUAGUCCCUAAUAUCCUCCAAACAACUUCAAGGGUGUUCUAAUCUGUGGCUCAAUUUAAGAAGAACAAAAGCUGCCUAAUGUGCCAUCACAUUAGCUGUAUGGACGGCACUGUAUAAAGUGAAAAGGAAAAGAAAAUAUAUUAACCUAUAAGGGUCUAAGUACCCAUAGUGAUAAGAUGUGUCCCUAAAGUGAGCAAAUAAGCGAUAAAGAAAAAUAAAAAUGAGCUAACGCCCGACGCGCGUUUCGGUGUAUUAGAACACCUUCGUCAGGGGAUAAGAAUUAUCUUGCAAAAAAAGCCGGGACUUUUAAACCCCCCUGUAGCCAAUCAGGUGUUAGGUCCCUCUCUUGUCAUUAGGUCACGUGUCUGGAAUACCUUAACGUCAUUCGUGACGUAUCACCCCAUGUGACCAGCAGUAGGUGGGGCGAAGAAGGGGCAAAACUCCUGGGCAGACGUCAUUGGAUUGACAGGUUAAGUUUGAGUACCCCUACAUCACUAAUGACGUGUCGCCCCACGUGACUGCCCAUGGGUGGAGGGAGUGAAUGAGACUCUUCGGCGAACGUCAUUUGAUUGACGGAUUUUAAUUUUAAAUAUUCGCCGAUCACAGGCUGAAUAGUAUCCAUUACAUGAAAUGUAAUUAUAAUAUCUAAACACUGCUCAUCCUGUAAUUUAUUAAUCCAUUGACUGUAUAUUGGAUUUGCUAGUAGAAGUAUGAUUGACAGUGUAUAUAUAAUUUAAGCUUUUUAUUAUUAGCUGUAAAAUACACUGUUUUUCUUCUUCUACUAUUACUUCAAAAAGGAGAAAUAAACAGAUAAUAGAAAAUUAUAAAACAGGAAAGUGUAACCCUAAUCUAUAAAUGCCAUCCUACUUAAGGGAUGCAGUUGAUUUGAAGUGAAGAUUACUUCUAUUCAUAUCAAAUAUAUGAAGCUUAUUUUGAAAGGGUCACAUUAAUAUUGAACAGUGUUAAUUGUUAUAAGUGGAUGAUAUUCAAAGAUACUGUUACAUCAAUGGUUUUUAAGAAGUUUGGCACAGGGUUUGAAAUAUCUACAUAUAGGGGUGGUUAAAUUAAUUAUUUACAGUGACUUAUUUACAGUGCUGAUGAAAACAUUUUUACAAGUUGUAAUUCUUUAUAUAAAGAGAUCAUGUAAUGAAGGGGGUAUAAGUAAAUCCUUCAUUCAGUCCUUUGGGAUACAGGGUUUUUAGUCGGUAAAUCCAAUAACGCUCUCUUUUCCUGAUAUGUUGGUCCCAAUCUCCCUUCCUUUGGUCCUGUCUAAUUAGUUCUAUUCCCUGAAAUCUCAAAACUGUGGGGUCUCCAUUAUGUACAUUUUUUACGUGUCUAGAGAUUGGAGUCUCUAUAUGUCUGAUAGUUUUAACAGAAUUGAUAUGUUCAAGGAUUCUUCUUCUGAAGGGACGGAAGGUUUUUCCCACAUAAGACAUUGGGCAUUGACAGGUAAUCAAAUACACUAAGCCUUUGGAGCUACAAUUGAAAAAGAAACGUGUGUCAAAAUGCUGAUUUUUGGUACUGUCAGUAAAGGUUUUUGAAUCUUUCUUGAUGAAUUUACAUGCCUUACACCUUCCACAUUUGUAAGUACCUUUGAGAUUGUUCGAUAACCAAUGUGUUGGUGCUGCAGUUCUCUGGAAAUGACUGUCUACUAGAGAAUCUUUAAGAUUUUUGCCUCUCCUUGCUACAAGGGAUACCUGUGACGGAAUAAUAUCCCUCAGUUGCUCAUCCUGUUUUAGCAGUGGCCAGAAUCUAUGCAUGAUUGAUCUUACACAGUUCCAUCCAGCAUCGUAAGUAGCUACACACCUGAGUUGCUUAUUGUCUUGUUCCAUUGAUUUCUUGCACGGAACAGAAUCUUCUCUUAUUAGACUCUCUCUGCCUACCAAUAGGGCACUGUGAUAUGCCCUUUUGAGGCUAUCAAUCAGAAUUUAAUAAAGACAGUAGUCAGCUGAUUAUUCUGCAUGAGUACCAUUAUAUAAGUCAUUAGGGGGCUUUUUUACCUCCCACCUUUUCUUUCUUUUUUUCCCAUAUAUAUAUAUAUACCUCACAUUACAGUAAGGUUCAGUAGGUACAGACCUCCAAGUUGUUUAAACAUAUUACUUUGCCAGCAUUCCAUAUUUUUCAAUUUAAUAAUUAUUCCAUCCUCGCAGACAGAAUUUUUGACCAUUGUAUUUCAGCAAUUGUUUCUACUCUUCCUCUCUGAAUCAGCGUUGUAGGGUUUGAAAAGUGUCACCUCUGUGAAUUCUCUCUUGGUUUUUAAUCCAGACACCUACAUUAUACAGCCUUUAUUAUGUAGAGUUAUUCUUCCACUAUUCUAUCUAUGCUGUACCUUUUUUUGAGGCACCAUUUCCUCUUUAACAUAUUCCCCAUCAUUGUGAGAGGCUGGUACAUAGAGAUUGGAGGGGUACCCGACAAUGGCCAUUAUCAGGAUCGAUGUUAGCCACAUACUUUGCAUGGGGCAUCAUACCAUCAUGUCAUUGGAUAACUGCAUCAGUAGGUGGAUUUGAACCUAUUUCAAGUCAUUGUUGUUGUAUCCCACAUAAGGGUGCAGUGUCACUGGGUCAGUGGAUGAUUACAUAGGGUUAAAUGGGUAGAUCUCAAGAAGUCAGGGGGGCAGCGCCCCACUAUCUUUAAACUUCACCAGCUGCCACUGUGCACCAGUGUUUCUUUUAUCAUAUGUUUUUUCUCAUGUCACAUUGUCCCUCUUACUGUCUCUCACAGGCACCUUUAUUCUACUAACUUCGUUCUUUGCCAUACUGCACUGCUGGUUAAAUGCCUUUGCAGAGAUGUUGCGCUUUGCAGAUCGUAUGUUCUACAAGGUAAUGUGACAACUACUUAUUUCAUUUUCUUCCAAAUACAUCAAAAUCGAAUUUUAUUUUAAUAAUAUGUAUAUGCACUGAUCAAUGUUACUUCCUCUUAUCUAGGAUUGGUGGAAUUCAAAAUCAUUUUCAAAUUAUUACCGCACAUGGAAUGUCGUUAUCUAUGAUUGGUUGUAUUAUUAUGUUUAUCAAGACAUUCUAUGGGUAAGCAUUUUCAGGUAGCCCCUGACCAAUGUUUUGUUCUCGUGAUAUUUUGUUUCAUGUAGUAAGAAAAUAGCUUAGGAGGACUAGAGCCAGACAAACUCACACCUAGUCCAGUGUCAAGAUAAACCUAUAAACCACACUGUGGUAUGAGAACUUUUUUUCCUUUUUUUGUGGUUUUCAAUGUAGGAUGUUGCAUUUACUGUGUCUUUAAUUUAAUAAAUUAAACUUUUUCAGUACAAACCAAUUUACACGUGUUUUGUAUUUUAUUUUCCUAUAAGAUAAAAAAAGUUAAUAUACAGCAAAAAAUAUUCCUUAUCCCGUUGAAGAAUUGGACUCUUCAUAAAAAUUUUUAUAUUACUUUAUUGGUUUAUCUUGAUAAUGGAUGUGGUGUGAGAUGUUUCUGCUGUUUUCCUUCUGCGCUAUGUCCUUACUACAGUAAAAUUCAGGUUAAGCCUUAAACCAACAUUUAGUCCAUUAUAUGUUAUUAUACAGUGUACUAAUUUGCAUUUCUUUUUCAAAUCUGGACUUUCAUCUAUAUAAACUUUUUUGUUUCAUGUUUGAUAAUAGCUCUUUCUUCAUUGUAGCCAGUUAAUAUCAGACCACAAACAAACCGCCUUGCUGUAAGUUUAGGUGAGGUUAAUGUUAAUGUCAACACUAUGUGACUGUUGAUAGUCUGUAUGCCCCCUUUGUUGCAUUUAGUUGGAUCUCCCUCAGAUGCUUUUGUAUAAAAUCACAACCAAGAUCCAAUCUCAUAAGCACAUAGUUACAUAGUUACAUAGCUGAAAAGAGACUUGCGUCCAUCACGUUCAGCCUUCCUCACAUUUGUUUUUUGCUGUUAAUCCAAAAGAAGGCAAAAAACUCCAGUUUGAAGCACAAUUUUGCAACAAGCUAGGAAAAAAAUUCCUUCUUGAAUGGCAGUCAGAUUUAUCCUUGGAUCAAGCAGUUAUUACCCUACAUUGAAAGAUUAUAUCCUUGAAUAUUCUGUUUGCAUCUAGAGCUUUUUGAACAUCUGUAUGGACUCUCAUAAAACAACUUCUUCAGGCAGAGAAUUCCACACCCUGAUUGUUCUUCCCUUUGCCUUAGACAAAAUUUUCUUUCUUCCAGUCUAAACGCAUGGCCCCGUGUCCUAUGUAAAGUCCGGUUUGUGAAUAGAUUUCCACACAAUGGUUUGUAUUGGCCCCGAAUAUAUUUGUAUAAUGUUAUCAUAUCCCCUCUCAGGCGACGUUUUUCUAAACUAAAUAGGUUUACAUUUGUUAACCUUUCUUCAUAGCUGAUAUGUUCCAUUCCUUUUAUUAAUUUUGUAGCCCGCCUCUGCACUUUUUCUAGUGCCAUAAUAUCCUUCUUUAGAACAGGUGCCCAAAUUGCACAGCAUAUUCAAUAUGUAGUCUUACCAGUGAUUUAUAAAGAGGCAAAAUGAUAUUCUCGUCCUGAGAAUGAAUGCCCUUUUUCAUGCAUGACAAUACCUUACUGGCCUUGGCCACUGUUGAUUGACUGCACAUUGUUGCAUAGUUUGUUGUCUAUAACAAUUCCCAAGUCCUUUUCGUGUGUUCUCCCUAAUUCGAUUCCAUUAAGGGUAUUCGUUGCUUGUGUAUUCUUUACGCCGAAGUGCAUAACUUUGCAUUUUUCAAAAUUAAAUUUAAUCUGCCAUUUGAGUGCCCAGUCCCCCAGUCUAUCUAAAUCCCUCUGCAGCAAAGUAAUAUCUUGCUCACAUUGUAUUAUUUUACAAAGUGUCAUCUGCAAACACUGAAACAUGACUUUCAAUGCUUUCUUCAAGAUCAUUUAUAAACAUGUUAAAUAGAAGGGGUCCCAGAACAGACCCCUGAGGAACACCACUUGCUACCUCUGUCCAGCUUGAACAUUUACCAUUAAUGACAACUCUUUGUGCUCUGUUUUUAAGCCAAUGUUCUACCCAAGAACAAGCAUUUUCAUCUAGACCGAUUUCCUUGAGUUUGAACACUAAUCUAUUGUGUGAAACUGUAUCAAAUGCCUUGGCAAAAUCCAAAUAGAUCACAUCCACUGCAACACCCUGAUCUAUACUUCUACUUACUUCUUCGUAGAAUGCAAUCAAGUUAGUUUGACAUGACCUGUGCUUCAUAAAACCGUGCUGAUUUUUGCUGAUAACCAUGUUCUUCUCAAGGAAUUCUUGAAUAUUAUCCCUUAAUAACCUUUCAAAUAUUUUACCAGCCACAGAAGUUAAGCUCACAGGUCUAUAAUUUCCAGGCAAGGAUUUUGAACCCUUUUUGAAUAUAGGAACCACAUCUGCCUUCCUCCAAUCCUCCGGAACACUUCCUGAAAGAAAAGAAUCUUGAAAGAUUAAAAACAGAGGUUCACUUAUUUCUGCACUUAGUUCCUUAAGUACACGUGGAUGGAUACCGUCAGGCCCUGGAGCUUUGUUUAUAUUAACUUUCUUUAGUUGCUGCAGCACCUUGUCUUGAGUUAACCAAUUACAAUUAUUCUGCAAGUUUUUAGUAGCAAUCAUUUGCAUAUCUAUUGCCAUGGGUUCUUUCUUAAUAUAUACGGAGGAGAAAUAGUUAUUUAAAAUUCCUGCCUUUUCCUGGUCUUCAUUAACUAACACCCCCGUUUCAGUUUUUAGUGCACCUACACUUUAAUUUUUGGGGUUUUUAGAAUUUAUGUACUUAAAAAAUGCUUUGGGGUUGGUUUUGCUCUCUUUAGCUAUCAUUUUUUCAUUUUGAAGUUUAGCAAGACUAAUUGCCUUUUUGCACGUAUUAUUUGCUUCCUUAUAUCUUUUAUAAGAUGCAUCUGAUUUGUCCGAUUUAAAUGCUUUAAAUGCCCUUUUCUUAUUUUUAAUCUCUUGUUUUACUUCUCUACUAAGCCACAUUGGUUUUAAUUUGUUUCUUUUAUAUGUAUUUCCCAAUGGUACAUACUGAGAAAUGUACCUUUUUAAUAUUUGUUGGAAGAUGAUCCAUUUAUCCUCAGUGUUCUUUUCACUAAAGAGUUUAUGCCAGUCAAUAUAUUGUAAAGCUGCCCUUAACUUAUUGAAAUUGGCCUUUUAAAAAUUAUAUGUUUUAGUAUACCCCAUGUGCUUUUGUUUUUUUGAGUUUAUUUCAAAGGACAAUAUAUAGUGAUUACUAUUUCCCAAGUGCUUACCUACUUGAAUGUUGGUCAAAAGAUCAACGUUGUUUGUUAAAAUCAAGUCCAGAAAAGCGUCCAUUCUAGUUGGUGCUUGUACAAGUUGUGACAUGAAGGUGUCACUUAACAAGUUUAAAAACCUAAUUCCCUUUGCUGAGCUACUACCUCUGUCCCAAUUUAUGUCCGGGUAAUUAAAAUCUCCAAUAAUUAUAGUGUUACCCAGAUUUGUAGCUUUCUCAAUUUGCUCAAACAGCUGUUGUGCCUCGUCAAUAUUAACAUUAGGUGGUUUAUAACAUAUCCCAACCAAUAGUUGUUUUCCCUUCUUUUCCCCCAAGCAGAUAUUUACCCAUAAAGCUUCCACAUUUUCCUCAUCGCAUUCCACUUCCUUAAGAUUUGGCUUUAAAUCAUGGUUGACAUACAAACAUACCCCACCACCCUUUUUGUUUUUCCUAUCCUUCCUAAAUAACAUGUACCCAUUUAAGUUACCUGCCCAGUCAUGUGUCUCAUUCCACCAUAUUUCAGUUAUGCCUAUUAUAUCAUAUUGUUUAGUGUAUGCUAAUGCCUCUAGUUCCCCCAUUUUGUGAUUUAGGCUCCUUGCAUUAGUAAGCAUACAUUUAAUAUCAUGAGUCACUUGUAUUUUUUGUGAAUUAGCAACAUUACAUAGCUUCUCUGUUCUGAACUUGCCCCUCCCCCGUCUCCACCCCCCUUAUACUGUGCUAAAGCCCAUCUCCAUUCUGUCCUAUCUCCAUUUUGUAGAUUGCUAUGACCCUCCCCCCCUACUACUAGUUUAAAAUCUCCUCCAACCUUCUAGCCACCCUAUCCCCCAGCACUGCAGACUCUCUCCCGUUUAGGUGCAAUCCAUCACUACUAUAAAGGUUGUACCCAAUCGCAAAGUCGGCCCAGUGCUCUAAAAACCCCAAACCCUCCUUCCUGCACCAAGACUUAAGCCACGCAUUGACCUCUCUAAUCUCCCACUGCCUUUCCACUGUAGCACGUGGCACAGGUAAUAUCUCAGAGAAUACCACCUUGGAGGUCCUUUUCUUAAGUUUCCUACCUAAUUCCCUGAAAUCAUUCUUUAGGACCUUUCAUCUUCCUCUUACUUUGUCAUUGGUACCAACAUGGACCAUGACCACUGGGUCAUCCCCAGCCCCUCCCAAUAAUCCAUCCACUCUGUCAGCAACAUGCUGAACCCGAGCACCCGGGAGACAGCAAACUGUCCGGUUGAGCCGAUCAGAGCGGCACAUUGCCCUAUUUGCUCUCCUAAUGAUAGAGUCCCCUACCACCACAACCUGUCUGGCCUUCCUUACAUUUUGAUCCACACCCGUACUAGGGGGGCUGUUAUCUCGGCUGUUAGAAGUAACAGCUUCCUCUAAUACAGCUACUCCUGGGCUGAUGCUCCCAACAUCUUCACUCAAACGGGCAAAUCUGCUAGGUUGCACCAAAUCAGGACUAGCUAGCCCUUUCCUCUUCCAUCACAGAGGUAUGGACCCUGGAUGGGUGCAUCCAGGCAUCCAUACAUGCAACAAGAUUGAGUCAAACCAGCAAUCUUGAUAACUAGGAAAAGCAAUAGUAGCACAUCCUAUAACCAUUAACAUGUAAUGCAUUCAAAAGCAAAAUGCAGGUUGGGUACAAAUCCUUCUGUAACACUGUUAUGGGUCUUGGAUAUAGAAACCCAGUGGAUCUUUUAGGUUAAAAAAAUAAAAUGAUAGUUUUCAAAGUUCGUUAUUUGAUUAGUUAAAACUCAUUGCAUGAGGUAACACCACCAUGUGGAAAUGACUAUCUCAGUAACUGUUUAAUAAGCAGACCAUCUCCUUUUGCAGCUGUGUAAUCGUCGGUUCCGCACCGGAGCAAUGCUGGCUGUAUUCUUCACGUCGGCCAUCGUACACGAAUAUGCCUUAACGUUGUCACUUGGUUAUUUCUACCCGGUCAUGUUUUGCUUGUUUGCCAUCUUUGGAGGUAAUGGCUUCACAUGUUCAAGACUUACAGGUUCUAUCACUAUGUAGAAAUAGUGUUAGAUUCCUAUUGUUUGAGCUCCCACCCAUUUCUCUUUUUUUAUUUUAUUUUUUUUCAAUUUGGGCAACGUAAACACUUGUUACUCAAAAUGAAUGAGUCAAAUGAUGAUCCUUUAAAUAAAAACUCUCUUCCAAAUACAUGGGGAAGAACAUAGUGCAAACCCCUGUGAUCAAGUUAAUCCCAUGAUCGGUGCUGUUGCCCAGAAGACCUGUAUAACGUUGAAAUAUCUAGAGAAAUAGAGUGACAAUUUGUACAUUUUGGAGGAUAUUGUAUCACUUGUUCCUUUGUUUAUUGUAAAAUCUAAAAAGGUUAUCUUGAAAACCAAAACCUGAUACUGAGCCAUUGCUUUUAAGCAAUCAACAAACAAAAAUUUCAGUCAAAUUACUUUGUAUUUAAGUUAUUGUCUUUUUAUAUAAUUUGUCCACCUUAUUCUGCAAAUUCACUACCAGAUCCCACCAAGAUGAAACUUGUAACAUCUGGAGCUUUCCAAAGUAUUUUAUAGAUUGUCAUAGUGGAAAUCUUUGUGGAGUGAGCCCUUAUAUUUUACAUUUUACACAGCUGAUGGCUGUCUUUCAAAACCCCAACAGGUUCUUAAAUCUCUUUUGUAAUAAUUUCUUUUAUUUUUGGUUUUCUUUCACACCCAGUCGUCUUCAACUUCUUCAUUAAUGAUAAUCUUACAAGCCCAUUGUGGAACGUGGUGGUUUGGACCUUCCUGUUUAUUGGCCAGGGUAUCCAGUUGUGCCUAUACUGUCAGGAGUGGUACGCUCAAAAACACUGCCCUCUCACUGAGGUAUGUAUAACAAAGGAAGCACUGGAGCUUUUUAGCUUAUCUUCGAUCCAGCACUUUGAAGGUGUUCUCCUGUAAAGUAUUUGUCAUUUAUUUGGGCUCUAGGGUACAUAUAGUUCUUACAUCUAGAUUAAACAUUCAUUGUAUAACAAAACAAUCCUUAAAUAACCUUAACAUGCUCAAAUCGAGUUGACCAUUUAGAUGGGUUCUACAUGUUGCCAUUUUGGAUUUGUUAAUUUUUUUAAAAAUAAUUUGAGUGAUACUAAUAUAGAUCUGUCUUAUUCAAAAACAUACAAUACAUACAAUACAAGCCUGGUUGCUCGCCUGCUGCCUCAGGACUCUGGCCCCUAUGUUAAAACUUUUAUUCUCCCCUGUAGAAAUGCUUGUUCGUGCCUUUCUGCUAUGGUGUUUGGUAAAUUCAAUUUACCUAACAAAUGUACGAAUGACCGGACCACCUGGGUAUGGAGUGUGCAGGCAAUUAACCUCCCAGAAGCUGCGGUUAACCGCAGCUUAAUUGACGAACGCUGGGUGGCCGUCGUUCGUAAAGCCGAACACGUGGCAGCAGCCAUCUUAAACCGUCGAACGGCCAGCGGUGUUCAGCUACAAAAUUCUGGAACUUAACACCGCUGAAGCCGCCGACCUCCCUUCUCCUGUAUCCAUUCGUUUAUACGAACUCUGGGCCGUUAGGGUCUUUGGCUGGGUAAACAGUGUUACCCCAGAUAGCUAUGCCAUGGAGCCUAUUCGUAUAACGAAAGACUAUGUGAAAGACUUUGGCUGCAUGGCGAUUGAACUGUAUGUAUGUGAUCUGAGCGCCAUUCGGUAAUAAUGUGCACUCAGAUCUAAGCUAUCUGGGGAUAUGUUGAACAUGCAUAUUUUAUUCGGUAGUUUUAGUAUUAUGUAUUUUUUUGUCUUUUUAGUAACGUGUAAAAUGGAGGUUGUGCUCUUUCCUCUGAGAUAAUUGAGUUACUUCCCAAUUAUCUCCAGGAUAGAGAGGAGGGAUUACAAUGUGUAUGUGGGAAUGUUUACUGCUAAACUGUCCUGAUUGGUUAAUGUCCAAUAUGUGUCCCAGGUUUCCAUCAGGUCCCCUAGGGGAGUGUCCACCUGGUGGAAGACCUGCAUAAAUACCGGGCAGGUAGCCCACAUUAAACAGAUCAACUGCUGACUCUCAAUACGGAGCCUCGUCUCGUACUUGGGGGGGGUUAUUCGUAUGGUUUUACUAUUUGGCUGUCUGGAGUGUAAACCUAUUCGUAUGGUUUUUCCUGUUCAGCUGUUUGGAGUAUUCGUAUGGUUUGGAGCAUUCGUAUGGUUCUUCCUAUUCGGCGGAUUGGUGUCUUUGGUACCUGACUUUGUAUCUGAAAGGGUAAUAUCUACUAAACGGCUUUUAACCCCUUUUAUGCCCGGGGUGCUGUUACAGGCAUUAUCUGCCGGUACUUUUAGAAAGGUUGGAUUAGAUAUUGGGCAUGUAUGUGCUGAGGAAUAUUGCCAAAAAAAUAUUAGCUGUGAAUAGGAAAACUAUUUUAUAAAUAUAAAUGACAAUAAUAAUAAUCAAUUAAAUGCCAAAAUAUGUUGGCUCUGUGUUUGGGGUUUGUUUGUAUGUAUGGGACACACACUUUUUUUCCAUUUUUUUUUCAAUUGUCCUUUUUUUACCUGGUUUCAUAUUUUAAGUUUCUGCAAUUUGAAGGAAGUCUUGGUAUUAUUUCACAUUGAAACUACAAUUGUUGGUAGAUACUGUAUUUUCACUGAUGUUUUUUCUCUUCACAGAAAACAUUCUGGGGAUUGGUGACUCCUCGUUCUUGGUCAUGUCAGAUAUAG